UGAACACUGUCCUUCUCGGCAAUUACCGAUUGAUGGCUGGACCAGCGCCUAACUUCGAUAAAUACUCACGACCUUUGACCAGAACCACAUACUUCCCACUGACACAUCUACUUCUUCCACAUCCUUAACUCAGUACCGGAUUCUCUGAAGCCCUGUCAUUCAGCUAUCUGCUCUAACGCACUCCUUCCUCUGACAGCUUUUAACAUCUCGGCACUUAUUCCCCUCACCCGCACCCCGACCUUCGUACAGCCAUGCCGAAGCGCGAGAAGACGCCCGAUACGGAGCCUGACUCCAAGUUCCUCGCCAUCUACCAGACCUACCCCGCGAAUGCGGACAUGGAGCUCGAGGACGACCAGAUCCGCCUCGCGCGCUGGAUCGCGUCCAUCAUCCCGUCGGACUACCUCGUCGCGAUCCACUACAAGCCCAAGGCCCGCGGCAUGACCCUCAUUGAGAUCCUGAACGAGUGCCGGGAUAUCGGAAAGCUCCUGCUGGGGGAGCACCGCUGGUCGGAGAUGCUGCGCGAGCCGACGGAGGAUGAGAAGGAGCGGACUUCGAGAAUCUACUAUUCCAUAUACUCCACGACGCGCGAGGCGCAGAAGGACGGCUGGAAGCAGAUCAGCGUGCUCUCGAGGUGGUUCGACGAACGAUGCUUCAGGCCCGAUGAGAUCUGCACCCAACCCUACCCGACCCCGUACUAUUGCGGAUUGCCGCCGGAGGAUAAGACGAACAAGCCCAUUUGCCGACCGCUGCCUGUCGCCGAGAAGCCGCGUCCUGUCCAGCCUGCACCGCGCAUUGUCCCGGGCUCCAUCCAAUACAUCGAGCAGAGCAAUGCACCUACGAGCAAGAACGCCCGCCGCAAGAAGAAGAAGGGCGCCGCGUCGCAGAAGUCGCUGCCCGUAGGCGCAUCUUCAACUUGGGACAAGCCGAUUGUGGAGAACAGGCCCAAGGCAGAGCAGAUCCGUAACCAGCUCUGGAGCGUUGGGGCGGGUCCCAAGGCGUCUAACAUCAUCGCCACGGAUCCCGACGACCUCGUUGACCGGAUGCACGGCAUCACUGUCAGCGACAGCGCGGCCCAUGCCACGCAGGCUUUGCUACAAGGCGACGACGACGACGACGACCAGGAGCCGGGCUACACCUUCCACGGGUCCUCUUCAAUGCCCGACGACGCCGCGUCCCCGGACCAGGAUGCGAGCGGCUGGCAGGCCGUGGGCGAGACGCAGAUUAAGCGCGUCGUGAAGAAUUCCUGCCCAGAGCACGCGCACUGCAGCCCCGGCGUCUGCGAGGUCGCCAAGCAGUACAAGAGGGAGAUGCAGCGAAAGCAGGAAGAGGCAGAGCGCGCGGCGGCGAGGAAGGAGCGGGGGCGCCGCCCGCGCGGGGAGGACGGCGGGCAUCGCUCGGCGUUCAGCUCGAACGCGACGUCGCCGGUGCGGCACUACGGCUCGAGCGGGGACACCGAAGGGAGCGAUAACGGCGGUGAGGGGUCGAGUGCUGUAGACGACCUGUGGAGGCAGCCGAAGGGCCUGGCGAAGCCGGCGCAGAACAACCGCGGUGGCCGUGGACGGGCUCCUGGACGUGGCCGGGGCCAGGGUCGGAGCAAUGGUGUCAAGGGCGGCGCGGGCGGGGGCGAUGGUGCUGCUCACGGUAGCGCCUGGGCUGACCCUGGCUCCAAGAAAGACUGGGCUGCCCAAGGCCACAAGCCUCGCCGUCAUUGAUGUGCGCGGGACAUCGUCAUCCCUCCUAAGAAGCCAUAAGAUCUGCGGCGCCGAUGUCGCUGGCGACCCGGCUCUUUCUGUGUUUUGUUUGUGGACAGCUAGCGCUCAUGUGUACUAUUGCUAUCUCUCGUGCUUGUGUUGAAAGCUCCCUGUAGCACUUUCUUGGCAUGGAUUCUGAUGGAAUCCGUAUACUACUCUUGCUCUCGUUGUAUCGCUUAUUUGUUGCCCACUCAUGUUGUCCUUUUAAUGACUUUACGAUAUGUAUGAAUGAUUCUUGGUGCUUUGC